GAUCAGCACUGUAACACCAGAGCAGCCAACAGUGUGAGUCCUGCUACAACUCAGGUGCACAGCAGAGAAUACAGGGAGGAGAAGAGGCUCUUCAGCUGGAAGAAACAGACUUCAUCAACACUUAAAGGCUUGACAAAAAGUCGGUUCUCAGACAAAAAUAUUUCCAGUAAGCAGAAGCGAAACCAUAAGUCAGCAUGAAUCUGUUCGCCAUCAUCGCCGUCCUUGCAGCGUUCAGUGUCAACGUGGUCUUUUCACAAAGAUGGUCUAAAAAGAAAGUAGGUAAAGAAGAGUUGUGUCGGUCUGGGGAUGGAAGCAGCUACAGGGGAUUUAUUAACAGGUCAGCAAUUGGUCGCAAGUGUCUCAACUGGAACAGGCAGAAACACCUUAAAGGAGCUUCAAAGGGACUUGGCGACCAUAAUUACUGCAGGAAUCCCGACUACAGUCUGAUGCCAUGGUGCCUCGUCCGAAGGCGAAGCAGGAUUGUGAGAGAAUUCUGUGACAUUCCCAGAUGCUCCAAUACAGGCUCUAGACCAACAGUGAAACCUCAACCACAGCCUACUAUGGACACAGAGCAGUCAUGUGGCGAAAGGGUUGAGCGGAGGAUGAACAAAAUUGUGGGUGGCUCUUUCACACCCAUAGAGUCUCACCCAUGGGUGGCUGCUAUCUUUCAUAAGCGCUACGGUUUCCUUUGCGGUGGUUCGCUCAUCUCACCUUGCUGGGUUCUUACAGCUGCACACUGCUUCACUGAUGGUGAAAACACCAAAAUCCCACAUCUUUCUGUAUACCUGGGGAAGAGCGCUAUCAAUGACACAGACGUCGACAAAGAGCAGCAGUUUUUUGUGGAAAAACUGAUCAUCCACCAAAAGUACAAUGACUCAAACUACGACAGUGACAUAGCCCUGGUGAAGAUCAAAAGCAGAAAUGCAACCACACAUGGAGGUUGCGCGGUGAGGUCACCGACUGUUCGGACAGUUUGCCUCCCUCCGCUUCACACUCAGCUGCCUGCAGGAUUUUCAUGCAGCAUCGCGGGAUUUGGGAAAGAGAAAUUCGAGUCGCCACGAUUCUCACAGUACCUGAAACAGGCCGACGUGAAGCUGCUCUCCCGUGCUGAAUGUACAAGUGGCCUGCAGUAUGGAAGCAGAAUCACUGACAACAUGUUCUGUGCUGGGAGCCCAAGUUGGAGCACUGAUGCCUGCAAGGGUGACUCUGGCGGUCCGUUGGUGUGUGAAGCAUCAGGCCGGAUGUUUCUGUUCGGGGUGGUGAGCUGGGGCGAGGGCUGUGGCUGGAUGAACAAACCAGGUGUUUACACUCAAGUCACCAACUACAACAAGUGGAUCGCUGCAAAAACAGGGCUCACAAAAUACACGAGAGGAUUGAUGUAUCCCCAGAAAUGAAACUUUGGCACAAGGCUAUCUGUUGGGCAUUGCAUAUCUUUAAAGGACAAUUUGGCAGCAGUUUUGUAAGCUCUGUGUGUAUAAAAGCUUGUACAAAUGUUGCAGGUUCGGUCUCAGGAGAAACUUAAAGGCGUUGCUGUUAAUGUACAGUGAAAAUUCUUUUGCACAGUCAUAAUUUGCUGCGACAGUUCUAAGUGAAUGUUUUAAAAUAUCUUUAUUGUACAUAGUGCACAAUGCAAUUUUGUUACUUUUGCAAAAAAAAAAAAAAAAGGGUGUAGACUUUUAAAACAAUUAAAAUGUAUAUUUAUCUCAUGUAAUUUAAUAAGUAUUUCCUCUUGUUGAAGGCUGGCCCUGCUGUUAAGUAUGUUUGGUAGUAAAUAAAUACAAAUUUUGUAUUA